CCUGUCCGUGAAUUUAUUACCCACAAACAAACAAACAGAAAUUUUUCCAACCAAAGCUGAUGUCUUUGUGAAACACAGACGCAUGAUCACACAAAGCAGAUGUGGAAAACUAUCAAGCACAAAAAUCACAUUAAUAACACUCACUUCCAAAAACCCAGAUAUUUUUUCCUCUUAAAUUUACAUUUCCUGAUUCUCCAUUAGCACCUAAACUUCAAGCAAGCUCCUUAUCAAUUAUCAUCACCACCAACAAUGGUAGUCCUAAACUACAUCUCAGUGACCUCUACAGCCACACCCAUAUCUCAGGACUCUCCAACUCCAUCUGUGCCAGACCCAAGGCAGACCAAGGUCAUCCUCCCCAAGAAGAAGCCUCUCAAAUGGUCCACUGGGGUGGCUCCAGGUGACUACGCUGGCCCACCCACCACUACUAAGCUCAGAAAGUACUGGGGAGGCGAGGAAGAGGACCCUUUGAACUCUGAUGAGUUUUUGUGGAACAAGGACUUCAUGGCUCGCUAUCAAAGACUGAUUCAGGACCCUGAGUCUUCUGUUGAGGCCACUUCUACUAAGGAAAAGCCAUCUGGGUUUCUAAGUUUAAAUAGAGUCAUGAGCCUUGACAGUUUGGAAGUCGAUUUGAGCAGAGAACUCACAGCUCCUUCGAAGCCUGCAUUAGAAGAGCAAGUUGAGACUACAGCUCAAAGUGUUGGCCGCAAGUCACCUAGAUGGAAACUGGUGCCAACACGACGUGAGCAAGAGAAGUGGGAUAGAGCAACCAAGGCUGCAACUGGAGGCAGUGAUGUGAUGUUUCGGGAAAUAAGGAAGCCUCGUGGGGACCCAGAAGUGUUGGCUGCUCAGUCAAGGGAACAGUAUUUUAAGUUAAAGAAGAGGUUACAGAUUCUCACUUUGGGUAUAGGUGGUGUUGGUUUAGUCUCUGCUUACAUAUCCUAUUCCCCAGAAAUUGCUGCAAGCUUUGGUGCUGGGUUGCUUGGUUCUUUGGCGUAUAUGCGUAUGCUGGGGAGUAGUGUGGAUUCAAUGGCAGAUGGAGCUAGGGGGGCUGUCAAGGGAGCAAUAGCGCAGCCUAGGCUUUUGGUUCCUGUUGUAUUGGUCAUGAUCUAUAACCGGUGGAACGGGAUCCUUGUUCCAGAAUAUGGAUAUAUGCAGUUAGAAUUGAUACCAAUGUUAGUGGGGUUUUUCACUUACAAGAUUGCAACUUUCUUUCAAGCUAUAGAGGAGGCAAUUGACAUUGUUGGGGGAAAGAGCGAAGUUUAAGAUAGAUCCUCUUCAUACAUCCUUGGGAGUUCUAUUACUUACCUGAUGUUACAAAAUUUCAUGGCACAAUUUUACAGCCAAAUUCUUUCAACCUCAUCUUAUUGAGCUAUAUAGUUUGUAUUUCCAACUUUUCAGAAUUCAGAUAAUUAAAGUAAAAAAAAAAAAAAAAAGAUUUGCA